AUGAGUACAAAGAAGAUGCUAGAGAGAGUGCUUUCUGCGCGCAGAACGGCGCAAGUUGGCGAGGAAGGAGACGAGGACGACGAAUCGAAGACGAGGAAGCAAGUAUUGCUGGCCAUGAGGGCCACGAAUCACUUGACCCGAACUGGUUAUCUAUUGCCCUGUCUGGUCCUCGGUCUCGUCGUCAUCGUAGUCUCUUCUCUCAUCAUUCACUCUCGCGAUUUGGUCUGCAUUUCUUCCCCUUCAGCAUUCGACCCUGUCUCUCGCAUGCGUUUCUUCGGUUUCGACAGCCUCGAGUCCCAUUUUGGAUCUCUCGGUGUUCCCUGGUGUAAGUGGUUUUGGAUUCUAUAUUCGUAG